AUGGCCGAACGCCUCGGCCCGGAUUCCAAACGGGCGGCUACCUUGCGCGCUCCAUUGUUGGCUUCUUCCGGUUCUUCCGGCCCUUCGGUUUUUGCCAAGUCUUCUGAACUUUGCCUCACAAGAUUCAUCCUCCACGCGGCUGAUGCUCGCCGUCAACCCUUUCCACGUGUCCGACUCCACGCUGAGCCUCAGCUUCUCCGCAAAGCCUGA